AUGCGCAACAGGUUCGACUACUACAACAAAUUGAACGACAGGGUCCGUCAACCCAUUUUCACAAUAUGCAUGCUGGGCCGUAAAAUAUACGUCGUCACCAAGGCAGAACUCAUCUCGCGGGCGGAUAGGAAGCACAAGAGCAUCUCUUAUGCGCCCAUCGUCUCCGAAUUCUGCAGCAUCACCUGCGGAACCAGCAACGAAGCAACUAAGAUCCUUAAUCACAAUCUUCUCGGCGAGCAUGGCAAUUGGGGCUUAUGCGAGGAGAUGGUGUCUGGGAUACGGGCGGCUCUGAAGCCGGGCAAGGAUCUCGACAAUAUCAGUUUAGCCAUGGCGCAAGAAGUGUCUUGCUUGUUGGAUGCUAUAAAGCCGGAUCCGGGGCAGGGAUAUAGUACCAUCCAGCUGUCAGCCUGGGUAAAGCAAAUCGUGACAGUGGCGACGACCAACUCCGUGUACGGCCCUCAUAACCCGUACAAGAGUCAGGAGAUCAAAGAUGCGUUCUGGGAGUUCGAAGGAGGUCUCAUGUUGAUGCUAGCCGCGCCGUUCCCAAGCUACACAGCGCGCAAGCACAUUCUCGCGCGUGACAAGGUCACCAAGGCUCUAGAGAAGUAUUUCGCGGAGCGACAUUUUGACCACGGCUCUAAGGUGGCGAAGGCGCGAUUUGACACCUCCGUCAGGAACAAGGUGGCUCUUCCAGAUAUCGGCCGCUUCGAAAUCGGUGGCACAGUUGCGAUCUUAACAAACACAUAUCCAGCAGUUUACUGGACGUUGCUAUUGGUGUAUGUCGCGCCUGGAUUGCUGGCUGACCUCCGCGCCGAGAUCGAUGCCGCACUAAUUAUCGACCCGUUAAAAAAUAACAUCACGAUUGACAUCACCGUCAUGAAGAGUCGAUGCCCGCUGCUUCUCUCAACCCUUAAAGAGAGCCUUCGCUACCGAGGCAUGGGAGUGGCUGUUCGAGAGGUUGUUGAAGAUACCGAGCUGGGUGGCUACCUGCUUAAGAAAGGCGCAAUGUUACAGGUCCCAAUUCAAGUUGUGCAUAGCGACCAGGCAUGCUGGGGUGAGGACGCAAAAUCGUUCAAUCCGCGGCGAUUCCUCAAGGAUGACACAGUGAAUGGGUGUUGCCGACUACAUUCAACAGCAACGCGGCCGCACAAGUCGCAUCGCCCGAUUUUGAGCUAG